AUGGCUCUGAACUUCGAAGAUGUCUUAUAUGAUACAACGGUAGUUGUGACUGGCCUAUCAGAAAUCAUGCUGGGUGCCCCAUUGCCUAUUGACUCAAAGCUUGAUGGCCGACAAGAGGAUGAGAUCUAUCGCUACAUUUCAGAGCAAACCCUGGCGGGUGUUAAGCCCGCCUCCCGCGGCGGGGGAAGCCUCCUCCUAUUCCCUGCCGCAUCUCCAGUUUUUUCGGUCUGCAAAGAGGCAACGUCGCCGCUCGCCUGCAUCAUGCGCGCUGCACGUAGACAAUGUGGAUGGCGACCGGUUGGCAAGCCGCGUUUGGCAGCCCAUAGUUCAUCUGGCCAUGUUCAAAAACUUCGCACCAUCAUCACCUCGCGAGGUUCCGAAACUGGUCUGCACUUCGCGAGUCUUUAG